AUGCUGACGGCCGCCAAUGACGUAGGCGCCACAGUCGUCGGAGAAUCCUUCCACCAUUUCAGCCCGCAGGGCGUUACCGGAAUCCUGGCUAUCGCAGAGUCCCAUAUUUCCAUUCACACCUGGCCGGAAUAUGGCUAUGCUGCUGCGGAUAUAUUCACCUGCGGCUCGUCGUUUUCCGUAACGGACGCGGCCCGUCGCUUGGCUGAACAGCUUGAGUGCCGGGACGCUGAGUUCAAGGAAAUUGAACGGGGACUGGUAGCUCAGCCUGUCACGGGCUGA